GAGCAGCAGAAGGUUGCUGAGGCUGUCAAGGCUGCUGAGGAUGCGAAGCAGAAGGUCGCUGAGGCUGUAAAGGCAGCGGAAGCCGAAAAACAGAAGGCUAAGGAGCAACUGAAGGCUGAGCAUCAGAAGGUUACCGAGCAACUGAAGGUUGAGCAGCAGAAGGUUGCUGAGGCUGUAAAGGCAGCGGAAGCCGAAAAACAGAAGGCUAAGGAGCAACUGAAGGCUGAACAUCAGAAGUUCACCGAGCAACUGAAGGCUGAGCAGCAGAAGGUCGCUGAGGCUGUCAAGACAGCAGAAGCUGAAAAGCAGAAGGCCGCUGAGGCUGUCAAGGCAGCGGAAGCAGAAAAGCAGAAGGUUGCUGAGGCUCUCAAGGCAGCGGAAGCCGAAAAACAGAAGGCUACCGAGCAACUGAAGGCUGAGCAGGAGAAGGCCGCUGAAGCUCUCAAGGCACUGAAGGUAGAGAAAGAAAAGUUAAAUGAACUGAAGCAACGUAUUGAUGUUUCUGGGGGUGAGGAGGCACCGUUGCUGAGAACUGGAGGGGAUAAUGCUUUAAGUAAUAAUAAUCGGGGCGGUUGGUUUAAAUGCUGUGUUAUCAUGUAA